AUGUCCUCGACGACCCGUUCCCCAUCAUGGAUCUCAAUCCGCCCCCAAACACCUUAUUCGGACAACCUCGUCGGUAGCCCUGAAUCUGAAUCCAUCCUUCGAACCAACCCCUCCAAUCCCGAACAUGUAGCAUCAGGUUCUGGAACCCAACCUCGCUCACGACCAAACCACAGUGUUUUCUCCUCUCAGAAACGACCAGCAACUAGCACAGGAUUUAGCCUUUCAAUACCGAAAUCUCCAAAGGAACCAGAAUGGACGGUGUUUGGUCAAUUGAUGGAAGAUCAGUUGGGUACACCUACACCUUCCAAUGCAUCGGGAGUCCUGACGACUCCAUUAACGGGACGGCCUUAUGCGAGAAAAUCUCAGGCAGUACAGGCGCAGAAAUUACAGAGGAGUGGUGAGACUACACCUCGAGGAAGUCUUGCAGAUUCGUACUUUGGAGCGACCGUUCAAUCCCCCGUACUCGAACAAGCUAAUCCUUUUGGCGAUAGUACGGACAGGAUACAGUCUGAUUCUGAUUCUUCAAGCUCGAGCUCGGAUUCAGAUACAGACACUGAGACGGAGAGCACGGCAUCAACAUUCAGGUCUUCACGCCGUUCCGUACAUCUACAAGAUAACGAAGAGCCACCCCCACCCUCACCACCGAAAUGGUAUUCUCCCCAGAGGUUACCGCAGAUCCCGGUACUCUACCGAAACAUAAUCAAAUGCUCCAUCGCGUAUUUUGUGGGAUCGUUGUUUACGUAUAACGAUUACCUUUCGAGUUUUGUGAGCGAUAUCGCACCAUACGGGACUGGAGGCGGGAAACCUUUGCCUACUGGCCAUAUGAUAGCUACCGUCGCAGUAUACUUCAACCCCGCCAAGACAAUGGGAGGCAUGCUAGAAGCCGACAUCUUCUGCGUUUUCGGUCUCUUCUACUCUGCCUUUGUAGCUCUCACGAGUAUGUCCAUGUUUUGGUGGCUCGACGUUCAACCAGGAUUGGAAUGGCUAGCGGAUGUGAUUGCGAUCGUUUGGGUUGGGGUUAGUAUGAGCAUCUUGGCUUGGUUGAAGCUUUGGAUGGCGAAUCCUCAGUUUGGAACGGCGUGUAGUAUGAUGUCUAUCAUCAUUUUUGUUGUUGUGGUGAAAGAAGGCGGCCUCGACACCCUCCUCCAAGUAACCUUCAUCGUCUUUUGCGGUAUCGGAAUUUCCAACCUCGUCUGUUAUCUCAUCUGGCCUACGGCCGCCACAUCCAACCUCCAAACCAACAUGACGAAAACUCUGGAUUCGUUUUCGACAUUGCUUUCCAUGGUCACAGAUACGUUUGUAUUGGAGGAGUCUCAUUGUAGGAAUAAGAAUCAGGCAAAACUUCAGCGAGCUGUUGAGGCUCAUCAAAGUUCCUUUACGAGUUUGAAGAAGAAUUUGAAAGAGGCGAGGGGAGAGUGGAUGUUUUGGGGGAGAUUCAGGACGGAGAAUAUGGGUGUUGAAGAAGAGGAGGAGGAGGACUGUCUGGUGGAUGCGGAUGUGGAUCGGGUUGAACGAGGGCAGAAUGGUGUGACGUCGACGAUAAAGAUGGAGAGUGGGAGGGAAAGUGCUUAUGAAGAUGCUGUUGAUUCUUUGAACCGACUUGGACAACAUUUGAAUGGGUUACGAAGUGGAACGGGGCUUCAGUAUGAGCUUUUGAAAGCCGGUGUGGUGGGGAUGAAGCCUCGGUACAAAAGCCAGGGAAAGCGGAACGCGAGUGCGAGUGCGAGUGCGAGUCCAUUGGUGGAUGUAACCGUACCGGAUUCAACCCAACAGCAGCGGCAAGCAGAGGAUGACGAGGAAACGGCGAUGUUGAAAGCUGCUGCUGCGAUGUUUGGAGAUUUGGUUGAUGACUUGGGCCCUCCGUUGAAGGCGCUUUCGACGACGUGCACGACGUCGCUUAAGCGACUACGAGAGUCGUUUGUGCAAUCUCAUAUGCAAAUCCACCACCAUCAUCGGUCGACGAGUCGAAGCAACAACAGACGGUCCAAGACAACUUCGGUUUUCAAUCCUACAGAGUUCGGAGAACUCGUUUCGGACAUCGAGAGGGCGUUAAGGAGAUUCGAGAGUACAUCUAAUCACGCAGUUAUGAGGUUGUACAGGAAGAGCGAUGUGGUUUCUACGCUUGCACCUAUGGCGGCGAGUCAUUCUGAGGGGGAGACUCUGGCUAGUAGUGCUGGGAGUGUUAGGAGUAUGCAGGGGCCGACUACUGAGAAGGAUAAUAUGUUUUUGACGAGUCAGGAUAAUGAGCAUGUGUUUUUGGUGUAUUUUUUCAUCUUCACAUUACAAGAAUUUUCACGAGAACUGGUGUCCCUUGUGGAUGCUAUGGAGAGGAUAUAUGCCGUUGAACAACAACGUACGAUGUGGUCACGGUGGUGGGGAAGGCUCUAUACGGGUUUCGUAGGUGGGAUCCGAGGGUUGUGGAGGGGAGAUCGUCGUCGUCGUCGUCGUCGUGCGGGUAACCGGAAUAGUAGUGAUGUGAAUCCAAGCUCAAAGUCGAAAUCUCGACAUGGUGGGACGUUGAGGAGGAGAAUAUCUCAAUACAUUAACCCCGAAAAACUCAACGCGGACGGCACUCGCCCAUGGUUCCCAAAAAUCAAACCGCACGCGCCUGAUACCAUCUUAACGCCUUCUCGAAAGAACUUGAGUUUCAUGGGCAAGAUGAAACAGCGUCUGUGGGCGUUUGGAAAGAGAUUGACGGAGAGAGAUGCAAAGUAUGCGAUCAAGACUGGGAUGGCUACGGCGAUUUUGGCAUCUCCUGCAUUUUUUGAUUCGACGAGACCGAUGUUUAUUAGGUGGUAUGGGGAUUGGGCGUUGAUUUCGUACUUUGUGGUUAUGUCUCCUACGGUUGGAGGGACGAAUUUCAUGGGUGUACAUCGUGUUUUGGGAACGUUGUUUAGUGCAGUCGUAGCUGCAACAGUCUAUUCCCUCUUCCCAGAAAACGCAGUCGUGCUCGCCGUGUUUGGUUUCUUCUACUCCAUACCGUGCUUUUAUUUCCUUGUUGGGCAACCGAAAUAUGCGCCUUCGGCGAGGUUUGUGUUGUUGACGUAUAAUCUUACUUGUUUAUACUGUUAUAACUUGCGCGUACGGGAUAUAUCAGUUAUCGAAAUAGCGGAACACCGCGCGGUUGCGGUUACUGUUGGUGUCAUUUGGGCGUGGUUGGUGUCGAGGUAUUGGUGGCCGACUGAAGCGAGACGGGAGUUGAGUCGAACGUUGGGAGAAUUCUGUUUGAACAUGGGAUGGUUGUAUACCCGUUUGGCUGCGUCAAAUUCUGGAGGCGUUGACGUUGAACCUCGACGUCAUGAGGGGAGUUCUUCGGGUGGUAGGCAGCUGGCUGAGGUGGGACCGCAGCGGGUGAAGUUGAAUGCUUCCAUUCAGGAUUUCAUGGCUAUGGAACUCCAUCUUCAAAUCCAACUAAUCGAAAUGCAAGGUCUCCUCGCUCAAACACAGCAUGAGCCACGAUUAAAGGGACCGUUUCCAAUUGCGCUUUAUCGGGGCAUUUUGACUAGUUUGCAGACGAUAUUGGAUAGGCUGCAUUCUAUGAGGUGUGUUACGACGAGGGAGGAGUGGUAUACUAGCGUACGGAAGGAUUUUAUUUUACCUGUUCAGAAUGAGAGGAGAGAUAUGGUCGGGAAUACCAUCCUCUUCUUUUCAAUUCUGGCCUCGGCGUUCCAGCUGAAGACGCCGUUACCACCUUAUCUGCCUCCUGCUGAGGAGUCACGACAAAGAUUGGUUGACGCAAUUAGACGUUUGGAGAUCGUAAGAAAUCGAGAUGUUAAAGGCUCUAGGCAACUUUUGUUUUUUGCGUAUGCGUUGACGAUGAAGGGGGUCACUCAAGAGUUGAAGAAUCUGGGACGGACGCUUCAAGAGGCAUUUGGUGUUAUUGGGCAGUCUCCGGAAGAGUUUGAAGCGUUGUUUGAGUACGAGAGUGGGGUGAGGAGGUAG